CAGAUCGAACAAACUCAAACCGUUCUGGCUAUCCAUCACCGAAAAGGAAACCCUACCGGUGCUGGACUUCCUGUCGGCCGCCCUCCUCUCUGCCGAGUACGACCGUGCCCUGAGCCGAUCUCUAGCGAUGGCCGAGUGUCCGGUGGUACCCUUUUUCGGUGCCUUCCUCAGGGAGCUGCGGGAGAUCCUGGCGGCUGGCGGGCACGAGGGUGGCGAAACGUCAUCAGCACAGACCGGAUCACCACUGGGGAAGCCGCCCAAGCACGGCCAUGCUACGCGGUCAGCAGUGGAACAGCAGAGGCAAGUGUUCAUAUCGGACUAUGAUGGUGAAGAUCAUCACUUCACAACAGUGGGACCUGGAGGUUUAAUUAAUCUGGAGAAGAUAUAUCGCACUCAAGCAGUCAUGGACCACAUCUCACUCUGUCAUCAACAUUACCAUACUCGAAACAGACUGAGUCCAACAGAUAGUCUCAUCGAAUACCUCAAGUCCACGUCAACUAGUGAAAACCGCGUUCUGUUUGCAUCACCUCCGCAGAAAGUAGAAUUGGAGGCAGAAUACGAAUGCGAUGUUGACGACUAUCACCCUGUACAACCUUUGGUACAUGACCACGGGGUCAGCUUCGUUUGCCUGUCCUCACCAAUCACUAAAAUUGAUCAACAUAUUAUACAGAUAUUACACCAUGGAAGUACUUGUGUGAUAUGGGAAGGAAUAGAGGGACCAUCUCCACUAGGACAACGAGGUUCCCUUUUAUACCUAAGGCUCGAUAGGUCGUCAACCACUUUGACAUGGGUUCGUCCGAGUUGGAGUGGCUUGAAAUCCGGUACAACCAGUGAUUCUGAUCCGUUUUCCACCGAUUUUAACCUUUCUUUCAAUCCAGAAGAUACUCUGGCACCUGGCCUACUGACAAAAUUAGCGUUACAGGCUGCAGGCGAACAAAGCACAGGAACUACCUUGGAAGACGGAUUUCUGGACUUGAUGGUUGUGAAAGAAGUCCAUCUGGGUGGCCGCGAUGCAGAAAAAGACGCCGAAAUGGCAGCGAUCGCACGCAGAUACGGUUUGAACCACACCCAGGGAAAUGAAUGUGGACUUACCCUUCUAUACGGACACGGCCUUAGUGAUAAUCGAUUGCUGUAUAUAGUUUGUCCUCCGGUGGUGUGCCGAGUAUGGUUCAGCGGAUUGUGUUGGCUGAUCAAAGGGUUAUCUCGUCAACAAGCACUCUGUGAUAGACGUUUAUUUUGGUUAAGGGAGCAAUACAUGCAGCUGUAUCAUGAAGACGGAUACUGCUGCGGCCCACUGGCUGCUGACGCAAUUCGGUCAUUUGGUGGUAGAGAUUGGUCUCUAGCGGGGAUGACAUCAUCUUCUGGGCAAGGGCAAGAGACAGGAGCUCUGAGAAGGGAAGUUUCGAUGAAAAUCAAAAAGAAGCAGCUGCUUAGUAACCAAACAUUUAAGGAUCGAAGCUUGAGGUCCCAAUUCGUAGAGCCAACUACGAUGUGUAUGGAAAGCAGUUACUGGAGGAAUCCAACUCACCACCGACAGUCAACGCCUACCACAUUUCCUGAACAUCAACACGACGUCUCCAGGCACCACAGCUUGGGACAACUUGCCUACAAUUGCUCCCAACCAAGAUUCGACAGAGAUAGGCAUGGAUCCACUGAGCAACUGUGGCACGGUAGACAUCCUCGAGUGGGCUCUAUACUAUAUGAUACUCAACUGGAUUUCGUGGAUUUUGUUACCCUUUUUCGCUCCUUUAGUUUACUAAUUCGAAAAGAUCUGAGGGAUCUGUUCGAGCAACUAGCAAUAUCUUACAGAAGUAUGGCUGUGAAUACUACUAAGAUAAAUGGUGUUAAAUCUAAGGCUGAUGCGGCAAAGAAGCCUCAAAAGUUUGGUUUGCUAACGCGAAAUAGUCGAGCAGAACUAGAAGGUACAGUCGUGAACUCCCAAAAGAAAAUAUUUGAUGCAAUAGCAGCGGCUAGUAUAUUCACGAACUGUGCAGGAAUAGACACCAAUAACUCACAGGUGAUAACGAUGUCGACGUUUACAAAAUUUUUAGAGACCAGGCAAAUGGAAGUGUGGACAGAAGAUCAAGUCAAAGCUCUCAUAUACAGACAUGAACCCGAUGCAACUCUCAGAGCUCAACAGUGCCUAUCUUUUGAGGGAUUUGCGCGGUACCUCAUGGACAAAGACAACUUCGCUUUCAUUCCAGAAUGCGAAGUGCCAGCGGAGAGUGACAUGAUGAGACCAAUGUCCACUUAUUACAUUUCAUCAUCGCACAAUACUUAUCUAACUGGUCAUCAAUUGAAAGGAGAAUCAUCCGUUGAAUUAUACAGCCAGGUUUUACUGACUGGAUGUAGAUGUGUUGAGCUGGACUGUUGGGACGGUGAUGAUGGUUAUCCGAUGAUCUACCAUGGACACACGUUCACGACGAAAAUACCGUUCAGUGCUGUCGUAGAGACAAUAGACAAGAAUGCCUUUGUUACAUCGCCUUACCCAGUUAUUUUAUCGAUAGAAAAUCAUUGCUCGUUGCAACAGCAAACAAGGAUGGCGCACAUUUUUCAGCGUAUAUUCGGCGAGAAACUAGUGACAUCGUUUCUCUUCGAAGCGGACUACACUGACGAACCAUGCUUGCCAUCUCCACACCAGUUGCGCAAUCGUAUCCUAAUCAAGAACAAAAAGCUGAUGGCCGAAAUUGUACCGUCUCUGGCAACAGCCGCCAGUACCGUUGCUGCGGUUACUGGAAGACCUACAGCGACAAGCAGCACAAGCGUCAGGCAUUCGGUGCCUGGGAGAACCAGCUCUAUCAUCAGCAACACUAGCAGUAGUUCUUUCAAUGAUGAUUUCAGCGAUGAUGACUAUGACGACGAAGAUGACGAGGACAAUAUUGAUGAGAAGCCCAUUCCCGCUGUAAAUAUAAACGAAUCUGCACGACCCUUCGGAGUAUCACACGCAACGGCUAAAACAAGUUCACAAAAAAGGGCAACGCCUGACGAUAAGUUGAAGAAGAAAUCGAACCAAAUUUCUAAGGAACUUUCGGACAUGGUGGUGUACAUACAAGCAAUCAAAUUCCGCGGCCUGAAUACAAUCUCCCCCAGUAGUUCAGUAAAGCAGUCAGUCCAGCAACGGCCAAAACCGCCUCCCACCAGCUCAGGUACCACCUCCGGCAUCAGCUCCGCCUCUAGCGCCGCCUCCGUGGGAGGAGUCUCGACAAGUACCGACGGUGUUGUCACAUUGUCCACUGCAGCAACGACAAUCGAAAGUUCUGCUGGUCUGGAAGAUGUGCGAGACACGCUGGCGCAGAAGCAACCGAGGCCGAACGUCAACUUGCCUUGCUAUCAGUGCUCGUCCAUCAACGAAAACACGGCCAAGAAGUUGUGCAGAAAACAACCGUUGGCGUUAGUAGCACACACCCAGACACAACUAAUGCGAACAUAUCCUGCGGGUAUGCGAAUCGACUCUUCUAAUUUCAAUCCCGUAAUAUUCUGGUCAUUUGGUAUCCAAAUGUCGGCACUAAACUACCAAACUGAAGAUACUCCCAUGCAAAUAAAUACCGCAUUGUUUGAGACGAACGGAAGAUGUGGUUACGUCAGCAAACCAAACGUAAUGUGGGAUCGAUCACAUGUCAUGUAUAGAAGAUUCAAUCCUUGGGAUAAGGAAUUUGAUGGUUUACACUCAUCACAAAUUGUAAUAAAUAUUGUAUCCGGUCAGUAUGUGAGUCAGAACAACGUAAACUUGAGCACAUAUGUAGAAGUUGAAAUAAUUGGAAUACAAGUAGACUGUAACAAACAAAGGACCAAGACAGUACAAAAAAAUUCACUCAAUCCCAUUUGGAAUGAAACGUUUCAUUUUAGAAUUUACAGUUAUAGAUGCCCAAACCAAUCAUAUGUUAGCCCAGCGAAUAGUACCCUUCAAGUGCCUGAGACCUGGAUACAGACAUUUGAGAUUACGUUCGGCAAUUAACAAACCUCUCAAUAUGACCACGUUAUUCAUUUAUUCAAGAGUGGAAGAAGAAAGUAUGGAUAACGCGGAAGCUGGAGAUGGAAUAGUCGAACGGCCUCCUCCAACAACAAUGGAAAAAGAGGUUACAGACAGUGCUGGAUCUGACAGCACUUACGUUGGAAUAUCAGGAACACCUAUAUGCGUUAAAAGGCGUAUGUUCUUCCUAAUGGUUUACGGAGUCGUCUCAGAGGAACCAUAUACAAUUUUGAAGAUAACGCAAGAAAGUACCACUCAAGACGUUUUGCUUCUCUGUCUACAAAAAGCUGGAAUUAGUCCCAGCAAAGUCAACGAUUACAUUCUGGUCGAGGAAGUAGCCAGAGGGUGGGAAAAGAAAGAUCAUAAUUUACCAGCCACCCAAAGGAUUCUAGAUCUGCAUGAAAGACCUUUACAAGCUCAGUCACAGUGGAAAGGUGAAGGUAGAUUCAUUCUAAAACGGAUGGGAGACGAUCCCAGUAGCAGAGCGUGGCUUUCUUCCAUAAGGAGCGUAGCCAAUAGGGAACGUGAAGCUAGAAAAUCAGACGGAGCGCCUAGUAAUGCAUGGGAGGAAAACGAUACAUUCUUAGUGUGCAUAUACAACGUUUCUCCUGAAAUUCCUUAUGCAAUACUUAAGGUUCCACUAAAUGCAUGUGCCCAAGACGUACUGGCACAAGCGUUAGUGAAAGCACGACGCUUAGAGGACCCAAUGAAUUUUGUGAUAGUGGAAGAACUGGAAUGGGGAGGAGCUGGCCACAAUAUUCAACAGCGCGCUCUGUCCGAUUACGAGAACGUCUACAGUGCGCAAUCGCACUGGCAGACCAUCGGACGGUUCGUGAUGCAAGAAAGAGCUAACGCUACCCCAACUUCGCUUAGAAGGAAUAGGAUUGCCUCUACCCUGAGACUUGCGACUUUGGAUCGUAUCAGCAGAGGAUUGAACGUUGCCAGGAAUGUCGCCACGAAUAGCAUCAAAAUGCCUGUCCAGGUAGUACUAAGUGAUCCGACAACUUCCAAAUGGAAGAGCAAGACUGGUGAAGAUUCCUCACCUAAAACCAAAUCUAGAGGUAGUAAAGGUAGCUCCGAAAAAGAAACGGCUACAACAUCUGUCAGCAAAAAAACGGAGGUUUGUCGAGAGGUGCAUUCGGAGGGAGAGACACUGAGCGAUGAUGAGACCAAAGAAGGCGACAUAAUGUCAAGAAUCAAGAAAGUGUCACUUAGGAAGUUCAAGGAAUGGAAAUCGUGACUCGCGGAAUGAGAUUUGAGUUUGAAAAUCGAUGACAUCGGGUUCGGAUUCUAACAGAAUCGGUGACGCGUAAGCUUUAGUAACUAUGAUGUUAAGAUAUUGAAAGGUAUUAAGCAAAAUGUUCAAAUGUCUGCAGUAUGAAAAUGGAAGAAAAGCGAGGAAGAAUAAGACAGCUGAUAAAUACGAAAACUUUUUCGAACUUAGGGGCAACAAAAACUUAUAUAAAGUUUAUUAAAAUUAUAGAUUCACUAGGAGAAUGUAUUUUUUUCUGUCGAGAGACAGGGACUUCUAGAUAUAACCAUUUCAUAUCUAAUAAUGGACACAAUAUUUGAUAGAAAAUUGGCGAAUGCGUAUGUUUAGUUUAUCAGUUUUGUGUUGCUCUGACUCUGAAGUUAGUCCAGCGACUUUAUGUUGCCAAAAACCAAUCAAUAAAUCUUAGAAUAAAAAUAUUCGAAUAUUACAAAAAGAUAAAAUUGUAAUAAGUUUCCGACAAAUAGACCCAAGGAAGUCAUAAAGGAAUAUCAAUUUGAUCUUGAAGCGCAUAACCAAAAAACCAAUCAUUGAUGAGGGUAUAUCCGUCGUAUAUCGUAAGAACAUAAAAAAUUAAUAACUAUACCUCCGGUUUUAGCUGCCUGACUGUAGGAGGACCAACUUCUCGCAUUGGUCAGAGAUAUUCUUUAUUCCGACAAAAUGUGUUGCUUAAUAGAUGGAUACAAUUUACAAGUAUAUACAAAUAGAACACCCUGUAUUUAAACUGCCCAUACUGAAAGUAUUGAGCUAAAACGUAAUAUUUCAAGACAGUUGAAGUUUUUUUAGAAAAUAACACUAUAAUUAUAUUCGAUUAUAAGCGAUAGACGUGUUUCAAUUUUUUCAACUGUAUUUAUAUAAAAAAAUUGAACCCGUAAAGAAAUCCAUACUCAAUACUGCUAUCAGUUAAUACAACCAACAAAAAUUAUAGUAAGGCAAAGUCGCUGGAACCUUUUAGUUUACAUUUUCAAAAUAUUCUGUGAUAUAUAUUUGUUUGAGUGGAAUGGUUUAUCGGUCAAGUCAUAUCACUAAUACUCGUCUAGGCUUUCAGUAUUAAUAACAUUAAAAAAACUAGAGAUUGAGAUGGUAUGUGUGCAUUGAUAAACCAAUAGUGUUUAUAGUAGCGGGUAGAAUAUAAUAUUUAGGUGAAAUAGAUUUUUGAUUUUCAUAAAGACAAGAAAAACUAACAAUGGACAUACUCGUUGAAUUUGAGGAUAAUUUCUUAUCACCCCAGUUCAGUUUUUAAUGAAAACAGGGUUUAUUCUUACAAUGUAAUAUUAUAUUAUUAUAACAAAGUGUGUGAGCGAAAAUAACAUCUCUUUAUUUCAGUGUACAUUACUAACCGUUUUUUAUGUAUCUCUGUCUAGUAUUUUGUACUUUUUAUACACAUAAAAAGAAAAAUUGCUAUAUAAAUAAUAUUUUUAUUUGUCCCUAAACACUUUGGGGCAUUAUUGAGAAACCCCAGGAUAGCGUUAAGCUUUCCAUACUUAAAAAUGUGUUUACUUGUUUAGCUAGUUUCCCUUGAUAUAACUAUCCCAAAGAUGUAUUAAUAAUAUUCUUUAAAGAUACGAUAUUGAUUUGGUUUAGCCAGUGGCAGGAUAUACAAGUCAAAAUGAACCUGAUCACAGAAAACAAACAUAGUAUCUGUCAUUAUUUCAGAAUAAAUAUCGGCUCUAAAAUCUGAAUGCCUCAGUUGCCUAAGCAAUAACUGAACAAUAUCUUAUUUGCUAAUAAUAAAUGCAGCUUUUCAGCGUUCAGGACUACUGUUAAUUGUUUUAUUGAAGCAUUCUGAUAUAAAUAUACUUUAGUAGUGUUAACUGCUACUUAGGUUAUUUUUUAUGCUAGGCUUACUGCCGCUGGAUAGCUAGGCAUUUGUUUUGUCAAUGAUUCUGUCUGUUUGUUGGGAACAACAUAAUACUGUAUAUUUUUGUUGAAGGGUGUUAUUUAAUGAUUCUAAUUUUAUCGUUGUUAAUGAAGUGUUAGAAAAAUUAAUAAUUGUAUUGAAUCAAACAUUACCACAAAAAUUACUUAAUCUGUAUUUAUAUAAAGUUUAAGGCAUACUAUCACUUUGAACACCAUAUAUCUCCAUAUUUUUCGUACGUUUUCCAUUUUAUUUUGUGUACCAUAUAUCAUUAAAAUCAAAUUUCAUGCUAUUCAUCACUGGGUGCCAAGUAUGUAUACUCAUCAAAAGGAAAACAUUUUCAUUUUUAUGACAGUGCAAUAAAAAUGUUGACCCUCCAAUGCGACAUUUUUAUAGGAACCUGCUGUAUGCGCAACAAUAUUUUGCAAAAGGGAUUCGGGAACAAACUUAAUAAACAUUAAUAAAAUUAAUCAGCGGCUAAUAGUUGGUUUAAAAAUGCCUUCGGAUAAAAAGGAAACUAUUACGAGUAUAACAAAAAUAUGUUGAUCUCUAAUGGUGCAAACACAGCAAAGCAAUAAAUUGUGUGCUAAUCUUGGAUAUUUUUAUAUAGUUCCUAAGCAACUAGGAUCAAGAGACCACAUAUUGCAAGAAAUCCUCCUGUUUUGCUUACUUUUGAAAUUGUUUGAACUCGCUGUUCACUGUUCUUAGGUUGUUGAUAAGGUGCAAUUAGCAAGUUAAAUUGUCCACAAUGGGAAUUCACAGAUGCCUGCAUUAUUAUAAAUAUUUUCUCGUUGUUCAAUUAAGAACGAGUCAAAAGGAAAUUGAUAAAACGCCAGGAUUUGGUACUCAAAAGCUUACAGACAAUUAUGGUUAUAACUAUGAGAGAUUAAACAUGACAAAACGUCAAAAUUUAUGGUGAAGUAACAAUAUCAUGAUAGAGCUCGAUAUUAAUCGUCUAUUGGUAGUACGCUUCUUGUGGAACACAUUGAGCCUCAUACGCCUUACAUUUGGUACAAAGGAUAGUUAUUGAGUUAAAGUGCAAAAUAGUUGCAGCCGCAACACAAUCGAAAACCACAAGGUCACAAAAAAGUUUGUUCUGAGUUGAUGCCAAGCUUUUGAAAAUGUUGCAUCUUCUUCUUCAGGAAAUUCUACAAAGUAAUUAAAUUUUGUUUGUUUCAAUUUCCCUUUGAACAUUUUCAAACUGAUACACAUCUUGAUAUCAUUACUUAAUUUAUUAAAUUUGUACAAUCCCUUUUGAAAUACUGACUUGUUCGUUAUAUUGCUACUGUAGUUUUGUAAAUGAAAGUCUAUACUUCCUCUAGUAGAAUAAUUGUGGCACUCAUUGUUCAAUACUAUAAAAUUUUCUGAGUGAUUUGGUAGAUGAUUUUUUAACUUGAAUAUGAAAAUGAAAACCAAGUAGGCUAUGAAAUUUUUGAUAUUGGACCAUUGUAGUUCUUUCAGCAUAAAAUUUAUUCUAGUAUAUUUAUUUUUAUUUAAGAUUAUUCUCAUAGCUUUAUUUUGUCAUAUUAGUAAUUUUUAAAAUAAAGUUUCAUUUGCAGUGAACAAAAUAGUCGAACAAUAUAACAAAUGAGGAAGAAUAAUAGUACACAAUUUCUUUAUUGUAAUAAAAUAUGAACUACAAUAUUUAUUACAAUAUUAAUAAAAACUACUUAUAAUGUUGAAGUCCUCUGUUUCAGGAUAAGCAAUCUCAAAAACAGAGAAAAACAUCAAGAUAAAUGGGAAAAAUAACAGAUCAACUGAGUACUAUUCAUUGUUGAACAAGCGAUAGUUAAUCGAGUUUAUAUUUUUUUAUUGUAAUUUUUAAUAUGUCUUAUGUAUUAAUCAUUUUUUCCUUCUUUGACUAGUCACUUGUAUUAGUUUACGAAAUAUGAUCAAUAAAUAUGAUUUAAUGUGUUCCAAAUGGGAUGUAGUUUUAGCUCUUAAAUGAUUUGUAGCGACCUUUCGAACACCAUCAUUUAUUGUAGUCUAACAGUAUUACAUGAUUAUCGAAUAACCGUAUAUGAACAAUCAUAUUAAAUAUCAGGUUAGAUACUGAAUUCACAUGAGCUAAAGGAUCAUGUAAAAUUGAUCAGUUAAAUUUCAUAAUGAAAAAUUCGAUGGAAGUACUUGGCGCCUGGAAUGCAACACUGAAUAAGUAUUUCUCUUCAACCAGCAAAUCAAUUCUCUUCUUUUGAGCUAGUCCAGAUUAGAAAUACACAUAGUUUUAGUAAUAUGUAUGAAAUUCUAAGAAGGGGAAUAAAACAGUUUUCUGUAUACAUUAAUAUAUUAAUGUUAUCAUUGAAGAGUUAUAUCAUAAUAUAAAUAAAUAUACGAAAAAACUAUAUACCUAACUGUUACUUUGCAGUACAAAUUUAAAAAAUAUUGUUUUUACGUAACAUUGUUCUAUUUAACGAUUUAUAAAAAUAU